CAGGUAAUGUGGAAGGUGGUAGUGGGUACAUUGUGCAAUUACACCUGAACCGUUGGCGUUUGCAGUAUCAGUUUGCGGUCUACGCACGACGCGAGAACGUUCUCUUCUCUACAUACCAACGUGUAUACUUACAUUUCUAUAGACCACAAACGAAAGACAAGAGACUGCCAUCAUGUCGGGGAAGGCCUUCGUAACACCGGACAUCAUCUACAUGAACGAGCUGAAUAAAUUCGAGGAGGUGUGCACAGAGGGAAGUGAUAUUGUGAACUUUCUGAAAGCCAAGACGGUCUUCCUGACGGGAGCCACAGGUUUCCUUGGGAAGGCUCUGGUGGAGAAGCUGCUCAGGAGUUGCGAGGAUCUGGACACCGUCUUUAUACUAUGUAGAGAAAAGAAAGGCAAAGACAUCCAUACGAGAGUUGAUGAGAUGUACAACGAUGUUUUCUUUAAUAGACUGAACCAAGCACAGCCAAAAUUCAGGCAUAAAAUUAGGGCAAUCAAAGGGGACGUCAGUUUUCCAGGAUUGGGAAUCAGCGAAGAGGAUAGGAAACUUAUCACAUCGAAAACUAACAUAAUACUUCAUGUGGCUGCAACCGUUCGUUUCGAUGAGAAAAUUAACUUGGCAGUGGACAUCAAUGUGAAGGGAACAAAAGAGAUGCUCAUGCUUGGAAGGGAGUGCAAACAUCUGCAAUCUUUCGUGCACGUCAGCACUGCAUUUUCGAAUUGCCACAUGUACAAUAUCGAGGAAAAAUUGUACAAACCGCCGUUCCGAACGGAGGAGAUCAUAAGUCUGGUGCAGUCGAAAUCCGAUGAAGAAUUAGAGAAAUUGACGCCCAGUUUGUUAUCUCAAUGGCCAAACUCUUACGCCUUUACGAAAGCAAUUGCAGAAGGUACAGUUGAAGAGUACCGAGAUGACUUACCCAUAUGCAUAUUUAGGCCAGCAGUUGUCGUCUCAAGCUACAAAGAACCUAUAAGAGGUUGGAUUGACAACGUGUAUGGACCUACAGGAGUUAUAACAGGAGCCGGCGUUGGUAUAUUGAAAACACUUCAUUGCAAUGGAUCUAGCAUUGCAGAAAUUGUUCCAAUCGACUAUGUAGUGAAUGGCAUUAUCAGUGCUGCAUAUAAAACUGCCGUUACAAAGAGCGAAAACCUUCCGAUUUACAACUUUGUGCAAUCCCGAGACAAUCCAAUCACGUGGCAAGAUUUUUGCACGAUGAACAAGAAAUACGGACUCCACGUGCCUGUAAUGCAGGCCGUAUGGUACUACAGUCUAACUUUGAACAGAAAUAAGUACAUGCAUUUACUUUAUACUUUAUUCUUGCAUUUCAUUCCGGCUUUAUUAAUCGAUUUUUCGUGCAUCGUCGUUGGUAAAAAGCCACAAUUUAUGAAAGUUUACAAGAAAAUCCACAAAUUCACAAAAGUCAUCACAUACUUCUCAAUGGGUGCAUGGUCUUUCAAAGAUGAACGAACAAAAGAGAUGUGGAACAAUUUAUCCAACAAAGACAAAGAAAUCUUCCCAUUCGAUAUGAGGUCGAUAGACUGGGAUUACCAUUCGCAAAUGAACACCAUGGGCAUAAGGAGUUACCUGAUGAAGGAGGAUCCUUCGACGCUUCCUGAAGCUCGAAAGAAAUGGAUGAAAUUGUUCAUUCUACACAACACAUUAAAAGGACUUUUUGCCUUCGUGGUGCUUCGUGUUGCAUAUGGCGUGUUGGUUUCAUUAAUUAUUUAAGAAGAAAUUCUGUAUUUAUUUUAUUCUGACUCUAUUAUUAAACUUUUUUGUUUUUUUUUUU